AUGGCAGUGCUGGAGAUAUUGGCACUGCUCGUGAUUCGCGCCGGUGCCAAGGGUGGCACCUCUGGAAGCUACAGCUCCUACAGCUCCUACAGCUCGUACAGCCCCAACAGUGGCUACAGCUCUGGAAGCUACAGCUCUGGAAGCUACAGCUCGUACAGCUCUGGUGGCUUCAGCGGUGGAGUGACGCACUCUCGCACUUCUUAUAACAGUGCUGGUGCUUUUGGCGCUCUCGUGCUGCUUAACGCUGGCAGCAGGCGCAGGUAUGGCACCUACAACGAUGGCAGUAACGAUGGUGUGUGCACCAUGCUGAUUGAAGAGGAGAUUAAUAGCGCUUGCCUGAACCUGAUGACGAACACGACUCUGUGCCACGACUGCAUUGCCUGUGAGGCGGAAGACUGCAUGUAUGCAAUCACAAAUUGUGACGAGUACCUGGCAGCUGUCUACACGGAGUGCUGUGUGGAGGGCUGCGGCGAGGGUGUGGCCUCCAGAGCAGAGCGAGGUACGGUGAACCAUGUAGUCAAUCUUAUCCGGUUAGCAUCACUAGCCCCGCAAUGGUUGUGGGCCAGGUGA